GGAGGCCGCUGGCUCCAUGCCGAACUCACGGCCCAGGCCCCGCCGGGGCGCCGGGCGCGGGGCCGGGGCCGCGGGGCGCGACGAGCUGGUGUCGCGGUCCCUGCAGAGCGCGGAGCACUGCCUGGGCGCCCGGGACUUCGGCACCGCCUAUGCCCACUACCUGCUGGUGCUCAGCCUGGCCCCGGAGCUGAAAGACGACGUGAAGGAAACUUUUCAGUAUACUCUCUUCAGAUGGGCUGAAGAGCUUGAUGCUCUCAGUCGAACACAAGACCUGCUUGGUUGCUAUGAGCAAGCCUUGGAACUGUUUCCUGACGAUGAAGUCAUCUGCAAUAGUAUGGGGGAGCAUCUCUUCAGAAUGGGCUUUAGAGAUGAAGCAGCAGGGUAUUUUCAUAAAGCAGUGAAGCUGAAUCCUGAUUUCAGUGAUGCAAAGGAGAAUUUUUAUCGAGUUGCAAACUGGCUGGUAGAACGCUGGCACUUUAUCAUGCUUAAUGACAUCAAAAGGAAUACAAUUUAUAAUGCAGCAAUCCAAAAGGCCGUUUGUUUGGGGUCAAAAAGUGUUUUGGACAUUGGAGCAGGAACCGGAAUACUAAGCAUGUUUGCUAAGAAAGCUGGAGCAUGCUCUGUGUAUGCCUGUGAGUUGUCCAAGACCAUGUAUGAACUUGCCUGCGACGUGGUGGCAGCAAACAAGAUGGAAACAGGAAUCACUCUCCUACAUAUGAAGUCACUGGACAUAGAAAUUCCAAAACACAUCCCUGAAAGAGUGUCCCUAGUUGUAACAGAAACUGUCGAUGCAGGUUUAUUUGGAGAAGGAAUUGUGGAGAGUUUGAUUCAUGCAUGGGAGAAUUUACUUUUGCCCCCAAAGGCCAAAGGUGAAAGUGGUAAUUAUGAAAACUAUGGGAAAGUUAUACCAGCAAGUGCUGUUAUAUUUGGGAUGGCAGUAGAAUGUGCAGAGAUAAGAAGACAUCAUAGAGUGGAUAGUAAGGACCUUGCUGGGAUCUCUUUGCCAAUAAAUGUGAAAUUUCAGAGUCCGGCUUAUUCUGUAGCUACUGAAGAAACAGCUGAACCUUAUACAACUGAAAAGAUGAGUCGAGUUUCUGGGGGCUAUUUGGCUUUGACAGAAUGCUUUGAAAUUAUGACAGUAGAUUUCAACAAUCUCCAGGAAUUAAAAAGUCUUGCAACUAAAAAACCUGAUCACUUUGGUAUUCCUGUGGUUAAAGAAGGCAUACUGGAUGCAAUUGUGGUUUGGUUUGUACUCCACCUUGAUGAGGAGCACAGUUUAUCCACAAGUCCUAGUGAGGAGACGUGUUGGGAACAGGCUGUCUACCCUGUACAGGACCUUGCAGAGUACUGGAUAAAACCUGGGGACCGUGUGAUGAUGGAAGUGUCUUGUCAAGAUUAUUAUUUAAGAAUCCAGAGUAUUAAUAUCUUCAGUUCAGAACAAAUGGAUGUUGGGAAAAGUUUUACCAAGAAGCAGGAUUUGCUCCCUUUAGGAAAUGAAGCUGAACUCUGUAGUGCCCUGGCUAACCUUCAGACCAGUAAACCCGACACUGUGGAACAUUCAUGUGUACUGGAAUCCACAGAAAUUGCUUUGCUUAAUAAUGUUUCGUAUCAUGAUGGCUUUAAGAUGGCAAUGAGAAAAGUGUUGUCUUCAUUGAGCCCAGAGAAACUCUGGCAGGCCAUGGAUACUCACAAUCAGAGUGACGAGGCGAGCUGUGGACAAAACACUUCCGAACAGGGCGUGGCUGAGCCCUUCUAUGUGUUAGAUGUGUCUGAAGGCUUCUCCAUUCUGCCUGUAAUUGCCGGCACACUCGGGCAGGUUAAACCUUACAGUUCUGUGGAGAAAGACCAGCAUCGUAUAGCACUGGACCUCAUCUCUGAAGCCAAUCAUUUUCCUAAAGAAACCCUUGAGUUUUGGUUGAGACAUGUGGAAGAUGAAUCUGCUGUGUUACAAAGGCCAAAAUCAGACAAGCUGUGGAGCAUAAUUAUACUAGAUGUCAUUGAGCCAUCUGGACUCAUUCAGCAGGAAAUAAUGGAAAAAGCUGCAAUAUCCAGGUGUUUGUUACAGUCAGGAGGCAAGAUCUUUCCUCAGUACGUGCUGAUGUUUGGGUUGCUUGUGGAAUCACAGACACUGGUGGAAGAGAGUGCUGUGCAAGGAACAGAACGAACUCUAGGGUUAAAUAUAGCACCGUUUAUUAACCAGUUCCAGGUACCUAUACGUGUAUUUUUGGACCUACCUUCCUUGCCCUGUACACCUUUAAGCAAGCCAGUGGAACUCUUAAGACUAGAUCUAAUGACUCCAUAUUUGAACACCUCCAGUACAGAAGUAAAGGUGCACGUUUGUAAAUCUGGACAAGUGACUGCCAUUCCGUUUUGGUAUCAUAUGCACCUUGAUGAGGAGAUUAAGUUGGAUACCUCCAGUAAAGCCUCCCACUGGAAACAAGCUGCGGUUGUUUUGGACAAUCCCAUCCAGGUGGAAAUGGGAGAGGAACUUGUUCUUUGUGUCCAGCAUCACAAAAGCAAUGUCAGCAUCACAGUAAAGCAGUGAAAAGGGGUUUUCUAUGAAAACUGCUUAAGUGGAGGAGCAAGUACAUAAUUUUUCUGGUCUGAAUUAGUGGGAUUGUAAUUAUAAAACUGAUUUAGUUUCUUGUAACAAAUAUUUUUUUUAAAUUGACAUUAAUAAAGUAUAUUUAAAAUAUCCAAAAUUAAAGAGUAGAAUUAUUAUAAAAAUAUUGCUGCAGACUUUUCUGGGAAAGUGUUAACUUUACAAAUUAGGAAAGUGUUUUUGUUUGGUCUUACAUGAUGUCAAUUACAUUUUGCUAUACCCGUCUACACUCUAAAGCCACUAAGAUAUUUUUCGUUUUCACUAUCAUGUAUCCUUUUUUUUUUU